AUGGAGGGCAACGGCAACGGGCCGCAGCAGCACCUGCUGCAGGAGCAGCAACGGCUGCUGCAGCACGAGCAGCAAAGGGAGCAGCAUAUGGGGUUCCUAAGUAAAGCAACAGAAUUACGCUCUACGGAAGCCUCCCUUCUGCUCCUGCAUGGCGGGCAGUAUCCUUGCGAAACUGCACAUGCUGAUGAUGCUGCUGUUGCUGCGCUGGUUUGCCCUGACCUGCAUAGCAGGAGCAGCAGCAGCAGCAACAUUCACUGCACAUUGCCUAUGGCGGCUCCAGAGCUGCGCAAUCGCCGCAGCAGCGGCCACUUCUUCCGCACCCCUGGCCCUCAGGUGUCGCCUCCGCAGCAGCAGCAGCAGCAGCAGCAGCAGCAAAUGCUAUCUUUAAGCCCUCCCUUUAAGAGCAUUACCUGCGUCUCUACAACCCAUACAACACCCGUUGAGCUCUUCGCACCAGAGGCGCCGCUAAAGGUCUGGGCAGACACAGCAGCAGCAACUGCAGCAGCAGCUGCUGCUGCUAUUGCUAAAGACUCUCCAUCAAUUGUUGUAGCUGCGCCUACAGAGAAGGAGCAGCUGCAGGAGCAGCAGCGGCGGGCUUCGCUACAAGUACAUCGCGAGGCCGAGGCUGCUGCUGCAAAGGCAGCAGCAGAAGCAGCAGCUGCAGAAGCAGCAGCAGCAGAAGCUGCUGCUGCUGCUGCCGCUGCUGCUGCCAAGGAGGACAAGCUGUAUACGAUAUCUGUUAAAUCCAUUAGUGCCCGUGGCACCUUGCCUAGGCACGACAAACUGCAAGAUGAGCAAGAGCAGCAGAAACCUAAUCAGCAGCAGCAGCAGCAGCAGGUUUCGCAGAAGGCUCCUAAGGAGCCUCAGUUGCAACCACAGCUACCCCGAAGGGCUACACCUGCUGCUGGUGGGGGGCCCUGCUGUCUUCCUCUUAGCAGCAGCAGCAGAAGCAGCAUCAGGAGCAGCAGCGGAGGUGUCGAUGCGUUUGCUUUGCCGCAGCUGAGGCCUGGCCAAUCAUGGCAGCAGCAACCGCCGCCGCAGCAGCAGCAGCAGCAGGUGCAACGGACGGAAUGUGUCGGCAGCAGAAUCAGCAGCACAAGCACACGUUUAGUAGUUCCUUCUGCAGCAGCAGAUGUGGCCAAGACAGCGGUAGCAGCCCGUGCUUCUGCUGCUCCUGCAGCAGCAGCAGCAGCAGCUCGUUGCUCUGACAACCCUGCGGUGGAAGCAGCAGCAGCUGCAGAGGCAGCUAAAGACUUGAGGAGGCGACCAAGAGCCCACCGGGACCACCAGCAGCAGAAGGAGCAGCAACAACAACAGCAGCAGCAGAAGCAACUCCAGCAGCAGCAACAACAACAACUGCAGCAGCAGAGACAACUCCAGCAGCAGCAGCAGCAGCAGGAAGCACGCAUUUUGAGACAGUCGAAGCAGCAACUUGCGGAUACACCGCGAUCCCCUCCCCAGCUCAGGCAUCUGAAGCAGCAGCAACAGCAGCGAAAGCAUCAGCAGCCGCAGCAGCACCAACUGCAGCAGCAGCAGCAGCAGCAGCAGGGUAGGGCACUGCGAGAGCAGGAACUGCUGGAGAAUUUGCUGUGGAAGCACGUGGGAAAGGGCAUGUCGGACAGCCGAGUGUCUCGUGUGCUGCAGCAGCAACAGCAGCAAAAGCAGCAGUUGCUGCUGCCCCUGCCUUCCCUGAGGCAGAAGCUGCAGCAGACUGCAGCAGCAGAUGGCGCUGCUGGCCGCUGCACUGAUGACAGCUCUACUGCUGCUGCUACUGCUGCACCCCCAACGCACAGACAGCAGCUGCAGCAGGAGGUGCUACAAGAGAUUCAACGGCUGCGGAGGCAGCAGCCUUACACGAGCUGCAGCAGCAGCUGGAGCUGCAGCAGCAGCAGCAGCAGCAGCUUGCCUCUACUUCUGUCUCUUGUUCCUCCUACAAUACCGUCAUAUGGGGUAUACAGUUACUCCUGCAGCAACAGCAGCAACAGCAGCAACAGCGCCAACAGCACGAACAGCAGGAGCAGCAGCAGCAACAACAGCAGCAAGACCAACUUAAGCAGCUCCUCUGCAGCCCUUCAUCGCUCCUCCAGCUGCUCAGGCAGAAGCGGCAGCAGGAGCAGCAGCAGGGGAGGCAGCGGCAGCAGAAGCAGCAGCAAGGGAGGCAUCGGCAGCAGCAGCAGAAACGCUGAAUAUGGCCAAAAGCCAUCGCGACACUGUGCAGCAGCUGAAGCAGCUAGAGCAGUAGCAAGCACAGCAGCAACAGCAAGCACAGCAGCAGCAGCAGCAGACUUCAGGCUACCCGUUGACUAUGAGAGUUUUGCUGCUAUGGCAUCAGCAGCAGCAGCAAGCUCGGCAGCAACAGUAGCCAUGGCCAAAGGACCUUCAGCUACGCCUGGGGCCCUUCAGAAGAAGCCUCUUGCUGUUGGCGCAGCAGCAGCAGCAGCAACUGGCAAAGCUAAUACUUCUCUGCUGCUUCAGGGGCAAGACUCCGGCAGGCCGCCGCGUCGUUUGCUGCUGUUGAAGGAAGAUAACGAUGCAGCAGCGGCGGCGGCGGCAGCAGCAGCAGCAGCUUCAUCAGCUCCGCCGGGCAGCAAGGAGCUGCAUGCUGCAGCAACAGCAGCAGCAGCAGCAGCUCCACGAAUCUUCAGUGGGCUUUUGCAGCCUGUUGCACCUUCUCCUUUGGCAUCGGCGCCCUUCCCAGUGACGGCGAGGAUAUUUUUUAAUGCUGGAAGUGCUGCGCUGCGCGAGUUGCUGCUGGGGAAGCUUUUCUGCAUCCGUUCUUUGGCUCGUUGCUGCUGCAGCAACGACAGCAGCAGCAGCAACAGCAACAGCAGCAGCGACCUUCCAAGUCCUAAAGAAACCCCGAGGCCUCGGAUGGCUUUGUUGCCCGUUUCCAGGACACAAGGAAACACCAACAGCAACACCAAAUACAGCAGCAACAGCAGCAGCAGCAAGAAAACCACCAGCAACAGCAGCGGCGGCGCCGCGCUGCACGCGCAGCAGCAGCUACACCGGCAGCAGGCUUCUGUGACUUCUAGGAAGGAUAAGAGCAGCAUUUACAACAGCCUCAGCAGCAGCAGCAACUGCAGCAGCAGCAACUGCAGCAGCACCAACAGCAGCCUGCUACUUUCCCUUGACACCUAUGGACUGCAGGACAUCUCAGAAAGCCCUCGCACAAAUGAAUGCAGCAGAAGCAGCAGCAACAACAACAACAGCAGCAGCAGCACCGGCAAGACAAGCGCGGGGAAGCUAGCCUUCCGGAGCAGCAACGGCAGCAGAAGCAGCAAGGGCAACAGCAACUGCAGCACAGCCGUCAGCAGCACCAGUAGCAUGGCUGCUGUUGUGACUCCCCAUGCAGCGGUGGCGUCUGCUUCUGCUGCUACUACUACUACUGGUGUUGCUGCUGAUACGGCUACACGGGAGGCACCACCAGCUAAAGCUGCUGCUGCAGCAGGAUCCGUUGCUGCUGUUGCCGCUGCUACUUCUGAUACAAAUUGGCUGCUUCCCUUUGAAGCCCAUUACUGCGCCUCUUCCUCUCUUGCUGCCUCCGAUUGCUUAGGUGGUGGUUUGCUGCAGCAGCUGCUGCAGCGACACGUCAACUUCCUCCAGGCUCUACAGCCGCAGCACCAGCAGCAAGAGCUACGGCAACAGCAGCAGUCCUGCAGAGGAACCGUCGAUGCUGCAACUCGACAUGCUGAACAGACACAGCAGCAGCAACUCGACUGUCCCAGCAGCAACAGCAACAGCAGCAGCAGCAGCAGCAGCAGUAGCAGCAGCAGCAGCAGCAGCAGUAGCAGCAGCAGCAGCAGCAGCAGCAGCAGAGAUAUGACCCUCCUGCUUGUUCCAGCUGUGCCUCAAUCGGCUUCUCUACUGAAGACAAUCAACAAACUAUUUAUAGAGAAGGGCGCCAUUCCUCCGGAGGAGCUUUGUUUGUUUCUAGUGUUCGAACAGCUGAAGUUGCUGCAGCAGCUGCACCAGGUGGGGCUGUUGCAUUGCAACAUCAGUUUAAGCAGCUUCCUCGUAGCUCCUGCUGCCGCUGCAGCAAAGGCGCUGCAGCAGAAGCAGCAAAGCCACCCACUGCUGCCAGAAGGUGCAGCAGCAGCUAUUGCAGUAUUGGGGAUCGACUUAGCUGCUGGGAUCGACUCUCGCGAUAUGUGCUGCGGCGUCUGCCCAGUCAUCGAGCCUCCCUUUGCUGACCAGACCACUGAUCCAAAGGACUGCUGGGCUUUUCACGGCAUAGACUUAAGGGGAGUGGCCUUUGCUGCAGCAAGUUUGCUGCUGGGGCGGCACUUGGUGCUGGGCAAAGACUUGCAGCAGCAGCAGAUGCAGCAGCAGCAAUUUAAAGAGAACAGAACGUUGCAGCAGCAGCAACUGGAGCAGCAGCUGCUGCGGCCUGAAGUUUCCGUGCAGCUACCCCUUAGAAGGCAUUAUGCAGUUGCCUUUUGGCAGCAGCUGCUGCAGCGCUGCUGCAACUUUGAAAAUGAGCUGCUGCAGCAGAAGCCAGAAGCAGCUGCUGCUCUAUCCUGUCUGCUCAGCAGCAGAGGCAGCAGCAAUAGCGACCUAACACCCGGGGAGGUGCAGUGUGCUGCUGCGAUGCUGCAGCACUGCAGCGAGAAGGCGUCGCUGCUGUUGCUGCAGCAGCUGCAGCAGCAAAUAGUCUCCCUCUUCAACAGGGAACCCGCCCGCAGGAAGCUGCUACAGCAGCAGCAGCAGCUUGUCGCAGCGUUUCUUGGGGAGCGAUAG